AUGUCAGCCUCAGCAGGAGCCCACCAGAGGGCGGGCGCAGGAGUGGUAGCAGCCACUGGGAAAGGGGCAACGAGGCAGGACACCACCCACGCUGAGCUGGCCUGGCUGCCCUUCGGCUAGCCCCACCCUGUCCCUGUCCACAGGGGCUGACUCAGCCCUCUCCCAGGCCCAGAACUUUCCCUUUGCUAGACCCUGGGGCCUUUGUCUCUGCAGUCAUGAGGCCUGAGGGGGAGGGGACAAUGGUGAUAAAAGGCACCCAAGGCCGCUCCCACCCCCUUCCUCAGAACUGCUCCCACAUGCAGCUCCGGACACAGCCCCUAGCCCAGGUCCUGCCCUUCUCCCUCGGAGGGGUCCUGCGAGAUGCUGGGCUCCGGGUGCCUGUCAUUAAGAUGGGCACAGGGUGGCAGAGCCUGCUGCAGACCCUGAAGGAAGUCGCCUACAUCCUCCUCUGCUGCUGGUGUGUCAAGGAACUGCUGGAUUAACGGCAGCGGGCACCUGCCUGCCCUCCCCAGGGGCACCCGGGCUGGCAUCAUGCAGCACGCAGCUGACCUGCAUGGAGACUGCCGGGGCCAGCUGUUCACCACCACCACGGCUGGGCCACAGGCGACAAGCGCAGAGUGAAGUGUGCAUCCCACUCUGAGUUGUGCCAUCUGCCAGACCUGCCUUGCCGCCGGUGGGCACGAGCUCGGCCUGCUGGCUCAGACCCCAGUAAGACUGCAGCAGGACCUGGCUCUCCUCCAGGCUUGGCACAGUGAGCCCGCCCGCCCACUCGGAAGACGGUACCAUGCUCUCUUCACACCAGGGACUGGCUGCCCUUGCGAUCUCUGAGAAUCACUGGAGUAGAUGUGUAAUAAAUGGGUGUUGAGACCCCAAGUUCUAAGCA